CCCAUUAUGCUUUCGCAUCACAUCCAAACAGUGCCCAUAUUGGGCAGCUUCAUCAAAGUGAAUGUGUCCAGAGUUUGGCCCCGAGUAUUGGGGACACGGACACACACAGUCGGUUUUGUCCCGCUCGUUCUGAACUGACACGCAGCCAGGCGCGCUAUGGUGACGAGACGCGCCAAAAUUAAGAGCGCGCUCCUAAAAAAAGAGAGAGUGCAUUUUACAAACUCUCCUCAGUGCCAGCGCGCACACAGAGCAUUCUGCACAGAGCGACUCCCCACGGCACUGGAACAAUCCCCGCGCUCAGAGCCUCUGUUCUGCACAGGUUCUGAGUCAUGACGUAUUUACUAACAGCGCCGUGCGAGUUUUAGCACGGGUGCACGAGCAGCUCGGUAAUGCACUUCUCCGUCAGAUAAACCUCCCAUUGCGUCUCUGUUAAGCGGCUAUUAGCUCUUUUCUCUCGGUGAAUCAACGGAGCUGUUCGUUUUGGAGUGCGCAAUUCAGUUUUGGAUUUCCUCACCUUUCCCUUUCAGAUUUGGAAAAGUUUUUAUUUUUGUUUUUUUCCAGAAACAGUGUUGAGUGUUUCGGGAUGUGGAGAGCGGGUCACCAAGAGCGCGCACUGCUGCUGCUGAUGGUGUGGCUGACGCGCGCGGACGCCUCUCCAUUAGGACGUGUUUUCUUACUGGAGUUGGAGAGUUUUUCAAAGGGUGGACAGGAGGACGGGUUCGAGGCAGCAGCACAGGCCUGUAUGGCUCAAGGGGCCCGGGUGGCAUCAGGGGCCGACCUGCACCAUGCUGUGCUGGAAUGUGCUUUCUCAGCCUGCUCGCGUGCUUGGCUCUCCGGACCCAGUGUUGGGAGCACAGUGUGCAGCGGCGUCCCGGGACAUCUGAGGCCAGUCGACGUGCAGCUGGAGAAUUCAACCGCCAACACUGAGAGUCUGGGCGUAUUCUGUGUGAAAGAUAGCGAUGCUCCAUGUGGCCAGCCACCUUCAUUCCCACACUCACAUCUGCAGGGAAAAACUGGUCUGGAUCUGGGCGAUGAACUUCUGUACGCCUGUGACCCAGGACACAAACUGCCCAAUGGAGAAACGGCCUUCAGUCUUCUCUGCGACAGCUGUGGCGAAUGGUACGGCCUGGUGCAGCACUGUGUCAAAGAUGAUCCUGAAGGCCACAUUGACUAUGAGGAUAAGUUCACCGAUGAUCAUCUGCUUGAAAACUCAGAGGAGCACCAUCAUAUUUCCUUGACUUCAGGAGGAACGCAGUCUACUCAAAGGGAAGAGGAAAAAAAAUCAACUCCCGAGCCUGUUCUUGAGCGGACAGCGCUAUCUGAUGAAAAAAAUGACGAGGAUUCAACAAUAUCAGCCACUGAACCUCCAGUGUCUCAGCUCAGCCAGAAACACAUGUUCUGGUUCCCUUCGGAGGCCUUCCAAGAGGAGAAAGGCCAUGUUGGUAUCACGACUGACUCUUUUAAAAACCCUACUGAAGAUGAGUCGGUGAAAACGGCUGACAGCCAAUCGGAUCCUGAUGUGAUCACAGAUGAACAUCUGACAGAUCCUCCCACUGAGGAACCCUCCAGUCCUAAUGUUGAAGCCACUGAUGAUUCCUGGUUAGAUGGAUACCCUGUAGGACAGGAGGAAGAUAAAGCUGGAGGCGGGUCUACAGGGGAGGCGGGGCCAGAACAUGAGGCGGAGACUGAGACUGGCCAAUCAGAAGUGGAGGUGUUUGAGGAUGCAGCCUCAAAAAAGCCUGUGGAAGAAGAGACUGGGGGUUUGAUUGGCAGUCCUGAUGAGGAAGAUAGCAUCCACAUUAAAGGAGAUGAGGAACAGCUUACUAGACUCGAAGAGGAGUCUGUUGGAAUACAUGAAGAUACGACUGAAGGGAUAACAAAAGAUGGAGAAGUGCACACACCUGAAAAAACAGCAUUGGAGUUUGAUGGUGUGACUGAAAGUCCAAAUGGUUUGGGUGUAAAAACAACCACCAUCAUCAUGAAGAUCACACCUAGCCCAGGUGAUAUUGCUUUAAACAAGCGGCCCAUGGUGUACACACCAGCUUCUGCUCCCGAAAAUGUUAGCACCAGCCAGGAAGGACUUGACAACACAUCCACAACCUCUGGGAUGGUCCACCUGGAUGAAAUCACCAGCAUUCCCACAGCCGUCAUUAAGGAUCCAUGGGAAGCCAUUGAUGACCACUUAAUGGAGCACAUCCCUGGUUACGUCCCGACUGACACCCCUGAAAACCAGAGCAUGAUGGAACAAGGUGGAGAUCACAGCCUGGACCAGCAGGAGCGGGACCUGGUGGGCGGAUGUGUUGAAGACCCCUGUCACGGGGCAGGCCAUGGGCCGAUGAUCGCAGCCAUUAUUGUGGGAGUGGUAGCGGCGCUGGCGGGCGUGGUCUUGGGGGUGUGGUGUUAUAAAAAGAGGCAGCAGAAGAGCUCGCACUACCAGCUGAACGGAACAAACAGGCAAACACAGAGCAUUGAGUUACAGCAGACUGUGUGAACGUCCAGCAGAUCCUCAUCCACACACACAGCUUACACCAGCAGCCAUAUAAAGCCAAUCAUGGGUGAACAUUACAGUCCACUGAGCACAACACACAACAGAGAAAAGUGAAACCAUCUAUCUAUCUAUCUAUCUAUCUAUCUAUCUAUCUAUCUAUCUAUCUAUCUAUCUAUCUAUCUAUCUAUCUAUCUAUCUGUC